GGUUCUGUCCCCUGCUAGAUGUGGGAGCACUGACGGGGCAGGGGGUCGCUUCUCACCUGCUCAUUUGGUUGCUGAAUUAAUACUUUAAAAUAAACGUGACAGAUUAUGUCGGCUUUAUCCAUCUCUAUGAAUCAACGAACUGCCGUUUAGUUGAGACAUUAAUAUCCGGAACCUCCGUUGUCUCCGCGGUUCCAACUCAGGGAACGGAUGACAAGGCAAGCGCUUAUGGCCCGUUCCGUCACCCGUCGCUCGGAGUGUUAUCUGUCAUUCCAAGCGAAAUCGUUUACUUACAGGGCAGGGAGCAGCCUUGCCAUUGUCGUUUAAUACACAGCCGUGCUACCCGUACCCACAAGCUGAGAAAGCCGUUUCCCCAUGUGCUGCGCCUAGCGUCGGAACAUUGCAAUUGCAGCGAUCUGAUCACCUUCCCACCUCUGCGAUUCUCUCUCUUUCUCUCUGAAAUUCCACCUCCGAAUUAACUAUUGUGAUUUUUUUUUAAUACAGCUUACACUGGACAGCUUUUUAAGAAAUGCACAUUUUCGUUGCAACAGCUUCUCAUCGUUAUAACUCUUUCCCGUAGAUCGGACCAGCCGUUUGUCUAAGAAGGGGAAAUAAUUAAGUCUGAUCAUUGCUCGGAUUCACGGUCGAACAGCGGGCAUCGCAGUGUUCGAGUAAACGCCAGCCAGAUUUACUAGGGAUGCCGCUCAUAGUGCACAUUCGACAAAGAACGGACGUCUCAGAUCGCAAGGACUGGGCUUAAGAAAUCGCCCCUGCAUACGCCGCGGAGCCGGGGCGCACUGGAGCCGUGUAAUACCGGACAGGAUGCAUCUUUUUAGUGCCAUAUUCCUGCUGCUGAUGUUAUCGCUCCUGUUCUGCGAGGCGCUGUACCCGAGCCCGGAGGAGGGCUGGCAGAUCUACAGCUCCUCUCAGGACGUGGAGGGGAAGUGCUUGUGCACGGUCGUGGCUCCCGCGCGGAACAUGUGCAACCGCGACCCGCGCAGCAAGCAGCUGCGUCAGCUCAUGGAAAAGGUGCAGAACAUCACGCAGUCCAUGGAGGUUCUCGACCUGAGGACCUACAGGGACCUUCAGUACGUGCACAACACUGAGUCACUGAUGAAGACUGUGGACAGCAGGCUGAAGAUUGCCUCUGACAACCCCAGAGCCCUCAACCCCAAGAGUUUCCAGGAGCUAAAGGACAAGGUGACUCAGCUGCUCCCCCUGCUGCCCGUGCUGGAGCAGUACAGGUCGGACGCGCGCAUGCUGGGCGAGCUGAAGGGGGAGGUGCAGAACCUGUCGCUGGUGCUGCUGGCCAUCCAGGAGGAGAUGGGGGCGUACGACUACGAGGAGCUGAGACAGAGAGUCCUGCUGCUGGAGACCAGGCUGCACUCCUGCAUGCAGAAGCUGGGCUGCGGGAAGCUGACCGGGGUCAGUAAUCCAAUCACAGUCCGGGCGUCCGGCUCGCGCUUUGGCUCCUGGAUGACCGACACCAUGACGCCCAGCUCGGACAACAGGGUGUGGUCGAUGGACGGGUACCUGAAGGGCCGUCGGGUGCUGGAGUACCGCACGAUGGGCGACUUCACGAAGGGCCAGAACUUCGUGCAGCACCUGCUGCCCCACCCGUGGGCGGGGACGGGCCACGUGGUCUACAACGGCUCGCUGUACUACAACAAGUACCAGAGCAACGUGGUGGUCAAGUACCACUUCCGCUCGCGCAGCGUCCUGCUGCAGCGGAGCCUGCCCUCGGCCGGCUACAACAACACCUUCCCGUACUCCUGGGGCGGCUCCUCCGACAUCGACCUGAUGGCCGACGAGACCGGCCUGUGGGCCGUCUACACCACCAUCCCCAACGCCGGCAACAUCGUCAUCAGCCGCCUGGAGCCGGGGAGCCUGGAGGUGCUGCGCUCCUGGGACACGGGCUUCCCGAAACGCAGCGCCGGGGAGGCCUUCAUGAUCUGCGGCACGCUCUACGUCACCAACUCCCACCUGGCCGGCGCCAAGAUCUACUUCGCCUACUACACGAACUCGUCCAGCUACGAGUACACGGACAUCCCCUUCCACAACCAGUACUCGCACAUCUCCAUGCUGGACUACAACCCGCGCGAGAGGGUGCUGUACACCUGGAACAACGGGCACCAGGUGCUCUACAACGUCACCCUCUUCCAGGUCAUCAGCAACGCGGAAGACUAGAACUUUCACGUCACGCGUUUAAAAAAAAAAAAAACAGACAAGCGAAAGCUUUCGGUGACACGGGCGGCCACGGACUCCUCUCCUCCCUUCCUGUGAUGAGUUGCGCAUGGUUAUUUUAAUUUGUGACAGAAAUAAAUUUAAAAUACACCAAUUUGACAUUUUCGUACCUCUCUGCUUGUGUUUCUGAGAAAAAAUUUGAAAUAUCCCAUCCCUAUAAUUCUUCCAAGAAGAGAAGGGAAAAAAAGCUUUUUUUUUGCUAUUUAUAUCACCUUUCUAUCACCUUAGAGGAGAGGUGAACAGUAAAAGAGAGGUUGACAGGAAGUAGAGAGGUGAAUAGUAAAAACAGAGGUUGACCGUAAGUAGAGAUGUGAACAGUAAAAAGAGAUGUUGACCUUAAAUACAAGAGCGGUGACUAGCGAAACAGAGGUUGAUAGUAAGUACAGGAGAGGUGAACAGUAAAAGAGAGGUUCAUAGUAAAUAGAGGGGAGGUGAGCAGUAAAGGAGAGGCUCGUAGUAAAUAGAGGGGAGGUGACCAGUAAAGGGGAGGUUGAUAGUAAGUACUGGGGAGGGGAAAGGUAAAGGAGAGGUUGAUAGUAAGUACUGGGGAGGGGAAAGGUAAAGGAGAGGUUGAUAGUAAGUACAGGAGAGGUGAACAGUAAAGGAGAGGCUCAUAGUAAAUAGAGGGGAGGUGACCAGUAAAGGAGAGGUUGAUAGUAAGUCCUGGGGAGGGGAAAGGUAAAGGAGAGGUUGAUAGUAAAUAGAGGGGAGGUGAACAGUAAAGGAGAGGAUGACAGUAAGUAAAGGAUUGUUGAACAGCACAAUUAUAAGAGAGAGGAACAGUAAAAUAAAUUAGAGGCAAACGGCACAGACAUGGAUGGGUAAAGGGUAACAGACAGGGUGAACCGGGUCUGGUGUAAGAGGGCUGAGCAGUGCACACGGAUGGCAGCACAAUAUAAUUAAAAUGUGAAAACUGACAUUGACUGGUUCAUUUUUAAACUGCCAAUAUAAUUUAACUAAUGUUUCGAAAUAAUAUCAGUUAAUAUUAUGCUCACGCUGUUUUUAAAGCAGAAGAGUUUGUAAAAGGAAUUCAUGAAUUUUCAUAUUUAUCAAAAAUCAUAUGUAUGUACUCCAUACGCUGGGAAUUAUUUUAAUAUUAUUGCCCUUAUUGUUGCUACACAGCAAACUGUACGCAGGUGAGUAAUGGGAGUAGGGCGAGGCUUCACGAAACCCAAAAUGGCUGACGCCUCCACGUUACCAGCCUGUGACAGCCUGAGCUGAACCCGUGUUAUUCUUGGUGAUGAUCAAAGUAUGACAUUUUUUAAUGGUUCGGACAGCGCGCCAUCGCUCCGCCCCCACUGCGAGAGCCACGAAGCCCCGCCCCCCCCUGUCCCGUCGCUGCUCGCGGGGGAGCCGAAUCUCCGUUCAUCUUUAAUUUAUGGGACCCUUUGCGGGUGAUUUACGAGAGCCGGGCGGGUAAUUUGUGUCCGUUACUCCUGAACGCCAUGGGAGCCGCGCAGGUCGUUUAUAUCUGUUAAACCGGCGCGUCUGAUAACUUUGUUCAGGGGUUUGGCCAAGGUGAAAACAUCUUCAAAACAAAGUGCUCCUGGCUGUGCUUGGGUUUUUCAUAUAUAUAUAUAUAUAUAUGAUAUAUGAUAUAUAUGAAUAUUAAUUCAGAUGAAUAGAUUUUCCAUAGAACAGAUAUGUAUUUGAAAUGGGUCUUAUUAUGGUACAUUGCACUUGAUGUUUUUGACACUGGACCGGGGAUCCAGGGACAGGAUUGCACCUGGCCGUGAAGACAAGGCUGUUUAUUGGCCAUUUGGACGUCAAUGACAACGAGAGAAAGACCUAAUUAAAACAGAGUGAUGGGGGACGGUUGCUGGAAACAGCUGACUCAAGGGACUAGAGGUAUGUGACAAUUCAUAAUUUUUGGGAGGUUAGGGUGACAAUGUAUGGAGCUGUCUGAAAGUUUUGCUCCCAAAUUUUUACUUAAAACCCCAACAUUAUGAGUGUGAUGAUGAGCUCCAAGGCCAGUUAUACAGACCAUGUUCUUUUAUUUGUCAAGUAAGAAAAGAUUUUUUUUUUAAGUUAACUGCAGCUGCUUUGUAAUUUGCAAUUAUGAGUCAUCCCUAAUAAAAUGUCAGUGUUCCUGUGUAACCAAGA